AUGAAGUAUAUUCCUUAUGCAUCAAUAGUUGGGAGUCUUAUGUAUGCCCAAACACGUACAAGACCAGACAUCAGUUUUGUUAUUGGGAUGUUAGGUCGAUAUCAAAGUAAUCCUGGAAUGGAUCACUGGAAGGCUGCAAACAAAGUGUUGCGAUACUUACAAGGAACGAAAGAGCAUAUGCUCACUUAUAGAAGAUCUGAUCAUCUAGAUUUGAUUGGAUAUUCAAAUUCAGAUUAUGCUAGUUGUGUGGAUACAAGAAAAUCCAUAUUUGGAUAUUUGUUUCUGUUAGCUGGAGGAGCACUAUCAUUGAAGAGUGCGAAGCAGUCUGUUAUAGCUGCAUCCACUAUGGAAGCUGAGUUUGUGGCAUACUUUGAGGCCACAGUCCAGGCUAAUUGGCUGCAAAAUUUUAUUUCAGGACUUGGACUAGUCGACAAUAUAGCCAGGCUGCUGAAAAUUUAUUGUUCUGACUUAGAUAAAGUACUCUAA